AUGAUCACCAGGCUUUUAUCGUCCCCUAAACAUAGGGUUCUCCUAAAGUGGGCCAUUGAGCUUGAUCGUGCAGGGAUUGCGUAUCUUCUCUCUUCAGAAACUAUUCGCGGAGACCUUGGAGCAAUAAUUCCUUACAAGCACUUGAGAGAAGAUCAGGUGUUCGGUUUGGAGUUCCUGAUGACCUUUAUGCUAGUGGCCGUAGUCCUGAGCGUCAUCGACACAACCCGAGGAGCGAGGGGCCUGGGUUCUGCACCACUAGCCAUAGGUCUAUCUAUCACAGCUGGCAUCUGUUGUUGCAGUCCUUACACAGCAUCUAUGAAUCCUAUCAGGAGCCUGGGCCCCGCAGUUAUUAUGAAUCGUUGGGAUAGUCAUUGGGUGUACUGGGUAGGACCAAUGGCUGGUGGUUUGGUCGCGGGGUUAACCUAUAGGUGUUUGCUCCUGUAUCACCAACAAACGAUAGUGUUACAAUCAUCGCGUAUAGAUAUAAAUCGGAUGUUGGACGGGCACAGAAGUGAAUGA